GCUGGAUGAUGGGACGAGCGGGCUUCAGCACCAAGGAGAGCGGCCAGCUUCUUCUCCUGGGUGCGUCCCUGCUGCUGCUGCCGUCGGUGUCGGUGGGCGAGCAGGAAGGCGAAAACCUGUCGGGCCUGUCGGAGAAUCCCGACCGGGCCAUCUUCGCCGUGCGGGAGAACGGGACCACGUGCCUCAUGGUGGAGUUCGCCGUCAAACUGGUGGUGCCCUACGACGUUCUGGCCCUCAACCGCAUAGACCUGAUCACCGAGCAGGCGUCGUUCGCGCUGCCUCGCGGCGCGCAGAUCGACGGCAAGUGCGGCGGCGCCGAGUCCGAGAUCCACAUCAGCUGGAAGAACAACGCGUACGUGCUGCGCUUCUUCUUCUCCAAGGAGGCGCGCGGCAACGGUGCGGAGGUGUGGAAGAUCAGUAAGGUCCAGUUCGUGUACGACACGUCGGAAAGUUCUCACUUCAUCAACGCCUACAACCCGGGCAAGCACACGGCGAGCACCCGCCGCCUGUCGGCGUUGGUGACGCCGGCGGGCCGUUCAUUCGUGUGCAGCGCCCAGCAGACGCUCACGCUCAUCAGCAGCGACCACCAGAAGGGCGUCACCGUCCACAUGUACGACAUCCAGAUUCAACCCUUCGACAUGACCGCCGACUUCGUCUUCAGCGAGCCGUACAAAUGCAUCACGGACCAGCGCGAGCGCCUGGAGGAGACCCUGCCGCUGAUCCUGGGCUUCAUCCUGGCGCUGAUCAUCGUCAUCACGCUGACCGUCUACCACUUCCACCUCAAGCUGAGCGCCAGCCCGACGGCGCCGCAGCUGCCGCGCGACCGCUCCAUGUACAAGAACAUGUAGAGGAGUUUUCCUCCUCCUCCUCCUCCUCCUCCGGAAAGCCCCUUUCGCCAUUUCUUCCAUCUCCUCGACGUUGCGUUUAAGGUCCGUCCGCCAGUCCGCUCUUUGUCCUCGCCGGGAAGACGACUCAAGCGCGCCGUUUGACGGCUUUCCAACACGCUUGCCCCUUGAAGUCGCAUCAUGUCCCUCCCGUGUCGGGAAUCGCUCCCUCGCAACCGUAGAGUGCCCUGAAACACUCACUUUGGCGUUUUGUAGACCUUCGGUUGGUUCCUCGACGGGGCGAUUCCGCAGCACUUUCGUCAACCGCGUCCUCGCUGCUAAAAGUCGUCUCGUGUCGUCAUUUCCUGUCGCUUUGGGAGCGCGCGCGUGUGAAACAAACCCAAAGCGGCAACGAGCC